UAUCGCGUUGCUUGUGCAUUUUUCCAGUUACGAAAUAUUUCGUCAUAAAAUAAUAAUUAUAAAAAUCAUAACCUGUAUUGAAAAUGUAUAGUCCACAACAUAAUGUAUCACCAAUAAAAUGAUAAAGAACAUCUAUAGGUAAUCUAUACUUACGAAACAGAAUUGGACUAUACGAUUUCGUCAUGAUUUCAAAUUCGAUCAAAUUACUAGUAUUACAUUUUGGUCUUAUCCUGGCAUUCGGAAAUUGGGGCGUACAGGCCAGUUGGGACGAGUGGUGGACGUACGAUGGAAUAUCAGGGCCAAAAUAUUGGGGCGUUUUAAACCCAUUGUGGAAGUUAUGCUCGAUUGGCAAACGACAAUCUCCAAUCGACAUUGAUCCAGAUAAACUACUGUUCGAUCCAUUUUUGAAAAACCUACACAUCGAUAAAGACAAAGUUAGUGGAACAAUCGAAAACACUGGACAGUCUUUGGUAUUUAGAGUGGAUAAAGAGUCAAAAUAUGUUUUGAACAUCACCGAAGGUCCUCUGACUUAUCGCUAUCAAUUCCAAGAAUUCUACAUACAUUUUGGCACUGAUAACAAUCUCGGGUCCGAACAUAAAAUCCAGGGUUACUCAUUUCCGGCUGAAAUUCAACUUUAUGGUUACAAUACUGAUCUUUAUUCAAACAUGUCCGAAGCCCAAAUGAAAUCUCAAGGUAUUGUGGGUGUAUCACUUAUGGUCCAAAUUGGACAAACAACGAAUUCAGAAUUUCAAAUGGUCACCAAUGAGUUCAGUAAACUGUUAUACAAAGGUUCUCUCCGUACAAUAAAGGAUAUAUCCAUCAGAGAGAUGCUUCCGGACAUCAAAUACUACAUGACGUACGAAGGAUCGACCACUCAUCCUGGCUGCUGGGAGACGACUGUGUGGAUAGUGCUGAACAAACCCAUUUACAUAACCAGACGCGAGAUGUACCACUUAAGGAAAUUAUCCCAAGGUUCAGUGGAACACCCAAAAGCUCCACUGGGAAACAACUCAAGGCCGACGCAGGAUUUACGUGAGCGAACUGUUAGGACGAAUAUUAAUUUCGCACAGAGAACCGAAGCCGAUCCACAGGGUAAGACUUGCAAGCUGAACAUGCACAAAAACAUGUACUACAAAGCCAACGAUUGGACAUCGGAUUCGUUGUACCAGAUAUAACUACGUUUUUACCGGUGGUUUUUGAUAUAAUAUGGCUUUCGGCAUCGGCAUUGCCGCCAUCUUAUGUACCGUUUCGUCCGGCUUCCGACACUUCGACCGGAAUAACAAUUCAUUGUCAGUGACGGUUUCCUCAACACCAAACAACGACGAUACUGGUCCAGGAACAAAAAUAAUAAACAUACAGCAAAUUAGAACAAUAAUAUAUUAUCAUUCCUUCAUAAUAUUUAGUAAAACUUAUCGUUAGUUACCUUUUUAGUCGCCUCUAUAUUACAUUAUCAAAUACUAUUAUCGUAAAUGUCGACUCAUUUGCUGUUGACGUCGGUGAUGGGGCUGAUGUGGGGGGGGGGGUAUCAACUUGUAUUUGUUAAAUAUAUUAUAAUUAUUAUUAUUAUUAUUAUUAUUAUUAUUAUUAUUAUUAUUAUUAUAUUAUCGUCAU